UUUCAUCUUGGGGUCGGAAUAAAAGGGCUGGAAUAAAAGGGGGCAGAAAAAGCGUCGGCCGGGCCCGAUACACACCAGGAGGAGACGGGUCGCUGAAGAGCCGAAGCCCGGUCGCCUCGCCGAGCUAUGGCGCCCACCUUGGCCACUGCCCAUCGGCGUCGCUGGUGGAUGGCCUGCACGGCUGUGUUGGAAAACCUCCUCUUCUCGGCAGUCCUCCUGGGCUGGGGCUCGCUGCUCAUCAUGCUCAAGUCGGAGGGCUUUUACUCCUACCUGUGUACUGAGCCAGAGAAUAUCACCAACGGCACAGUGGAGGACAUAGCAGAGCUGGAGCAUGAGGAGGUGAGCUGGAUCAAUGGCUGGCUCAGCUGCAAGGCCCAGGAUGAGAUGCUAAACUUGGCCUUCACCGUGGGCUCUUUCCUGCUCAGUGCCAUCACUCUGCCCCUAGGCAUCGUCAUGGACAAGUACGGCCCAAGAAAGCUGCGGCUCCUGGGCAGUGCCUGCUUUGCUGUCUCCUGCUUGCUGAUUGCAUAUGGAGCGAGUAACCCAAACUCUCUCUCUGUGCUCAUCUUCAUCUCCUUGGCUCUGAAUGGCUUUGGUGGGAUGUGCAUGACUUUCACCUCAUUAACACUGCCCAACAUGUUUGGUGACCUUCGGUCCACAUUUAUUGCCUUGAUGAUUGGAUCCUAUGCCUCCUCAGCAGUCACCUUCCCAGGAAUCAAGGUCAUCUAUGACUUUGGUGCCUCCUUCAUCAUCAUCCUCGUGGUCUGGGCUGGCUGCUCUGGGUUGGUUUUCCUCAACUGCUUCCUUAACUGGCCUCUGGAGCCCUUCCCGGGGCCAGAGGACAUGGACUACUCGGUGAAGAUCAAGUUCAGCUGGCUGGGCUUUGACCACAAGAUCACAGGGAAGCAGUUCUACAAGCAGGUGACUACAGUGGGGCGCCGCCUCAGCGUGGGCAGCUCCAUGAGGAGCACCAAGGAGCAGGCGGUGCUGCAGGAGGGCCACAAGCUGUGCCUGUCCACCGUCGACCUGGAGGUGAAGUGCCAACCAGAUGCUGCAGCGGCCCCCUCCUUCAUGCACAGCGUAUUCAGCCCCAUCCUGUUGCUCAGCCUCAUCACCAUGUGCGUCACACAGCUGCGACUCAUCUUCUAUAUGGGAGCCAUGAACAACAUCCUCAAGUUCCUGGUCAGCGGCGACCAGGACGUAGUUAGCCUCUACACCUCCAUCUUCGGUGUGCUCCAGCUGCUCUGCCUGCUGACAGCCCCUGUCAUUGGCUACAUCAUGGACUGGAAACUAAAGGAGUGUGAAGAUGCCUCUGAGGAAACCGAGGAAAAAGACACCAACCAAGGUGAGAAGAAGAAGAAACGGGACCGGCAGAUCCAGAAGGUCACCAAUGCCAUGCGGGCUUUCGCCUUCACAAAUCUGCUGCUCGUGGGCUUCGGGGUGACCUGCCUCAUUCCAAACCUGCCUCUGCAGAUCCUCUCCUUCAUCCUGCACACAAUUGUGCGAGGAUUCAUCCACUCUGCCGUUGGGGGCCUGUAUGCUGCUGUGUAUCCCUCCACCCAGUUUGGCAGCCUCACAGGACUGCAGUCUCUGGUCAGUGCACUCUUCGCUCUCCUGCAGCAGCCGCUGUUUCUGGCCAUGAUGGGUCCCCUCCAAGGAGAUCCUCUGUGGGUGAAUGUGGGGCUGCUUGGCCUGAGCAUGCUGGGGUUCUGCCUUCCCCUCUACCUCAUCUGCUACCGGCGCCAGCUGGAGAGGCAGCUGCAGCAGAAGAGGGAAGAUGACAAGCUUUUCCUCAAGCUCAACGGCUCAUCCAACAGAGAGGCUUCCGUGUAGUGCCCACACCUCAGAACUGUGGCCUCCUGCCUUUGCUUCAGUUAUUCACCAGUGUCCUCCUCCCCACCCCAGAGGACCUCCACGCACCCACAGGAACCUCUCCACUAUGUUGGAGUCCAUGCUCCCUCCUAGGGCCUUGGUCCUGCCUUGGUCCUGGAGCUCAGCUGUGGAAGGAUGGGAGAGGGCCUGGAUGUAUGAUUCUCUUACUGCUGGAAGCAGGGGUAGCCUUGGGCUUUGCUCUGCAACUUUUGAGGGUCCCUGGAGCCUUGAGGCUCCAUGGUGCCUGUGGGAGGAGCCAGGAAGACCUCCAGCAGGCAGGCUCUCUCCCUUAAGUAUUUGGGAUUCUGCCUCUUGCCAAAACGGGGGGGUAUACCAUCCACUGCCCCUUGGCUGCAUGCCCACCAACCACACCUGCCUGAGGUCAAAGGCUUGCACUGCCUGCACCCCCCUUGCCUGGCCCCUCAUCUCCUUCCCUGGCCAGUCUGAGGCUGCCUGAGGAAGGAAAGACCCGCUUCCUGUUGUUGGUGCUAAAUCCUUUGUAAUUCCAGCCCCUCGUGGCCGGUCCAUGCCCUGUCCUCCCAUUAGAGGCCUGUGGAAAAGCCCCCUGGCUUAAAGCCUGGGGAGGGGAUGGAGGGUUGGUUACUCAUACCAGGCUCAGGAGCCGUGGACAAAGCUGAUCAGCCAUCACCUCUUCCCUCAGGGCCUAAGCAGACAGCAAGUUUCCACUGCCACCCUUCAUCCAGUCUGUGACCUGAAGGGAAUUAAAGGGGCACCAACAGGGCACCCCACACAGACACACACAUGACAGAUGAAGAUGUGGGUGACAGACAUGGAGGUCCAGGCCUGAACCAGGUGGUAGAUAUGUGAGGGGCCUAGUGUAUACGUGUGGGUGUGUAUAUGUGAUAUGCAGUAUGUGUGAGAGAUGUGUGUGUGGGGUGGUGGUAGGGUGUGGGCUCUGGGUAUCUGCUCUUCUCCCAGAGCUGCCCAGCAGCCACCCAGGACCUGGAGCCAGCCUGGCUCAUUUGGGAGCUUGUCUGAGGCUGCGGUGCCACAGCGCGCCCUGCCGGCGGACUUUUUCAGGGCCCUGGAGCUGUUUACGUGGGAGAGGCCACCCUUCCUCUGCCAGGCCAGCCCGGUUUACCAGUCCACCCACCUUACUGCCCCCAGAAAUGUGUCUGAGAUUUCCCGGGAACGCUGAGAUGGGUGGGUGGAUUUUUAGACUUACAGUUUUUUUUUUUCUUUUACGUUUUUUCAGACUCCUUUUUAUAAAGCAAUAAAUUUCUUUUCCUCCUGGUAAGGGUUGCCCCUGCUGGCUUAUCAGUUAAGGGCUACAUGUGCCUGUUUUGAGCUUGAAGAGAAAACACAAGAUUUUCUGUCACUCGCCAGCCAGUCAUACUCAGCUGCUCACCAUCUCCGGGUGAUUGCCAUUUUGGGAGGGGCAGUGGGCCAGGAAAAGACCUUACACCUUCACCCUAUCCCUAAACAAGUUGGGCUUGUGUGACAGAAGUGUGGGCCACCCCCUCUUCUGCUGCUUCUCCCAGCCAAAUAGGCUAAUCCUGACCCCCUUAUAACCCUGACUCUGAUUUCUUGUCACUGGUCAACUAUCCUGAGGGUUCCUCCUGAAUUCAAGACAGGGUGACCCUAGGAGAGGCUCAGGCUCAGAGUGACAGAAACAAUGUGGUGGGGGAAUGGAAUAGAGGACAGGAAGGGGCAGACCGAGGCCCAAAUUCGAGCUUUGUGUCAGCAGUUGAGCACCUUGAACACAUAUAACCUUCCAGGCUUCAGUCCACUCAAAUAUUUAAAAAAUAUACAUUUGCGUAAAACAUUUUUUAAAAAGGAGAGGGAAUAAGAUCAUUUCCCAAACCAUUCCUCAGAACACUAGUUAUGCGAGAUAUUAAUGGUUAUGCUAAUUUUUAAAAAAAAAUUUGUCAAAUUUAGGAAAUGGUGAGUUAAAGUCAAGCAUUUUUCUUUGCAGCAAACACUUGCAGCACUUUUUGGCACAUUCAUGGACUUUGUGGCUCUCCAAGAAGGGGUAUGAUAUGCUGCGGAGAUGUGAUUUUAACCAUCAGAGCCGUCCUCCCAUGUGUGGCCCAAUGACCACCCACAGCAGGAGCUCCUUGGCGCUUGUUAAAAACGUCUCCAGGUCUUGCCUCUGACCUAGAGGGAAUCUGGAGCCUAUAUGUUGCUAAGUUCCACCUGGUGAUUCUGGUGCCCCACAAAGUUUGAUACCCACUCACAGAGGAGCGUGGUUUGGGGAAUGUUGAUUAGCAGGGGACUUUCAAGCUGGGAAAACAUAUUGCGGUUACAGACAUGACCUGUGCUGUCCCCAGCAGUCCCAGGCUCAGUCCGCAGCCGAAGUAGGAACUGCUGCCUCUCCCUCCCACCCACCUGCAGGGUGUGAGCACUUUGUGGAAAGAAGCAGGCAUUGGGAAAGAAUGCAGGGUGGAAAUCAGUCUAGGGCCAACAAUGUGUGGGGAUUAGAGGCAUGAAAAUGGGAGCAGGGUACCAUAUAGGUUGGCUACCACCUGCACCCCCACCCCCUUGUCAGGAGCCAGUCAUUCUGCUUUGACUGUACAGAGUUGAUAGGUUACAUAUUUUCCUAUUAUCAUCAUUGAAUUAUGAUAACAAAUCUAAGAGUUAAAUAGAUACUAUCAUUUCUCUUUUACAGUUGGAAAGAUCAAGGUCCAGGGAGGGGGCGUAAUUUUCUCAAGAUUAAAGCCAGGACCUGCAUAUGGGCCUUAACAUCAUUGGAGGAAUCAAAGAAAGCCCUCUAGACCAGAACAUUCCUUUGGGAGGUGCAGCCUCGGGGGCCACCAGGCUUUUGGGAGCAGGGAGCCAACAGCCUGAGAAAAGAAAGCAAAUCUAGGCACCACUUUCUCGAAGCCAAAAGAUUCCUUGGGGAAUGGGAUGAUUACUCUGUGGAGUCAUCUUAGCCCUGGAGGCUAAUGGGUUCUUGGGGUAGAGAGGCAAUUAUCUGGUCACCCCAAACCCUGAGGAGAGUGCCCUGGAAUGGGAGAGGGACCAUGGGCUGAUAGAAGGCAGUGGGCACCAAGUGGCCAUGACCCUUCAUUGUAGGUUUUGUCCUCCAGGCUCCUGAUGGAAAGGAGCAGGAAGUGAAGCCUGGCUAGUGAUGUCAGAGUUGAGGAAGCGGUCUGAGCCAGUCUCAGAAGCAUUGCCAGGAACCUCUCUCUAGUCUCCCUGGGCUCAGGUCUAGUUAUUCCUUUGUUGGCUUCCUCCAGACCCUCUUGGCUUCUGCCUGCCGCUCCUGCUGCCUGGGCCUGUGCUAGAGAAGUUUCCAACCCUCCCAAAGACCAUAAAUAGGUUUGCAGGCACUUGUGGGUGCCUUUCUGCUUUUCUCCAUCUUCUUUCCCCUCUCGUACCCAGUAUAGGCCUGGUCCAAAGAACUGCCCAAGCCCACCUCAUCCUGGCCCUGAGCUGUGCAAUCAGAGGUGGGCCUCACACUGCCCUUGGCCCCAAGGUCACUGAAAAAGGGGGACAUCUAAUUUUCAGGAUGUGUGUGCAGGACUGUCCCAGACAUCAGCACAUUUAGCCCAGUGGAAUUUUUGAUGCAUUUGCAUGUCAGCCUGUGCGAAUUUGAGCAGAUAUGCAAGUGGGCUGCGUAAUGGGAGGUAGAAUUAGGCUUUGGGCAUCCUAUGGUGAGGUGCUCCUCUCAGACAGCUCUUGAGAAGUCUUCUCAACAAGAUCAAGUUUCAGGGGCAUUUCAGCAACAGCUUUCUCCCUCUAAAGAAUAUGAUGGGUUCUCGUGGGCUCUUGGGGCAGUAAGGCAUCUUAUCUGUUCCAAUUACCAGGGGUCCAACUCAAGGGUAGUAGCCUAUUUUCCCCAGGGAUUAUAAGGAUAAGGAGGAGCCCAGAACCCCCAAGGUGAGGGGGUUUUCCACAAGCUGCAGCCCUCUCCUGGGGUCAGGAUAAGCAGGUGGGCUCUGUGAACCUGUUCCCCACCAUGUCCUGAUUUACCCUAAGCCCUGCGGUGAGGGCAGAGCUUCCUGAGUGUCAUGAAGGAAAAAUAGCAUCCUCCAUUGGGUGGCCUGCCAGUAUGGAGCCACCGCUCAUGUCCCUUGGUCUUUGCAGGCAACAUGUUCACAGCUCUGAAGUUAGUCAUUCUCAGCCUCGUGGGUAGAUCUGAGACUGUACUGGGCCCCUGGCAUCUCCUGGUUCCUGAUCCCUUUCUCCCAGAGUGAGAUUCCAUCUCCCUGUGCCAAGGGGCAGAGAAGUUAGAGGUCCCACCACAUAUACCACAUCAGUGACCUUAGGCAAGUCUUUAGCCUCAGUUUCCUCCAGUUUUAAAGUGGAGCUAAUACCCUCACCGUGAAGCUCAGUGAACACGGGCAUAAUGCAUUUGCACAGUAGUAUACCUGGCAUUUAAUAGGCACUUAGCAAGUGACAGCAUUGUUUGUAUGACCCUUGAGGAAUACAGAUAGCACAGGGAACAAGGGCCACCGCUACCCUUCUACCUCCACUCACAUGUCUCAUAGGACACCGACUUUAGGAAGCUCUGACUGGAACAGACUCGUGGCCAAGUAAAAGAAGUGAGGUCUGUUUCUGCUGACUCUGCUGUCUCAAAACCCCUCUCUAAGCAAAAGCCUUAGGAAAUUGUCCCCUUGUUCAUGUUGUCUUUCACAUUUUGGUUAGAGACUUGGCUGAAAAGCUUUUCAAGAUAAUCUCUCAAAAGUGGAUAUUUAGACACUCCGACAGAUUAAUGUUGAGGGGGUAACUCAGAUCAUGGCCUGUAGGUAGUACCUCCGUACCACUUCCUUGUAAAACAAACUGUGGCCAUUCCUGUGCAUGCGCGCGCGCGCGUUUGUGUGUUUGUGUGUGUGUGUGUGUUAGAGACAGAGAGAGAGAGAGAGAGAGAGAGAGAGAGAGAGAUGUAUUCCACUCAUGCCAGGUGUGACUGUUUAGAGGAGUGUGUAGGGGCUUAUCUGUGUGCCUCUACCUGGAUGGAAAGGAGGAGGGGAUCUUGCCUCACCAAAUCCCUUUCUGUUGCGGGGUCUGUCCAAGGACCCAGCCCAGGCCCUCAGAGUUGUGCCUGAAGAGUUAAUCUGUUCCUUGUGUUAACCAAGGUCAGUACACAUCAUCGAUGACCUCAUAACUGACCUUGACUCUUCCUGCCCCUUUGCUGUUUCUAGCACCUGGCUUACUUCUUGGCACACAGUAAGCACUCAAUAAAUGUAU